GGCUCGUGCCAAACGGAAGAUCCGAGGGAGGCGCGAGCGAGAGAAGCCGCCUGAGAGCGAAAAGGGAAACGGGGUCGGUGCCGCUGCUGGGACGGCAGAGCGGGCCAGAGGGGCGGGGGUUCGAAUAGAAGCGCGGUCUCGACAGCGUCGGCGGCGGCUGUGGAAGCGCGCUCGGUCCUGAGGGGGAAUUCGGCUGAGGUCUGAUGUCAUGAAUCCUACUGUAUGGAUGUGCUAUCGGUGCUGAUGGCACAACUGAUUCAAUAUGAAUGUGCAUGAUGUUGGAGGAAGACGACGCUAUGAAGAUAAUGAGUUUACAUUACGGGUUUACCCGGGGAAUAUAGCAGAAGGCACCAUUUACUGCCCUGUCACUGCAAGGAAAAACACCAGUGCAGCAGAAGUUAUAGAAACUCUCAUUUACAAAUUGCAGCUAGAGAAGACAAAAUGCUAUGUCUUGGCAGAAGUGAAGGAGUUUGGUGGGGAGGAAUGGAUACUCAAUCCAACCGAUUGUCCAGUGCAGCGCAUGAUGCUUUGGCCACGCAGCGCCCUAGAAAAUUGUUUCAGCAGCGAGGACUAUCGGUUCUUGCUGCGAGAGAAAAACCUCGAUGGCUCAAUUCAUUAUAACAAUCUGCAGUCAUGGCUCAGAGUGACGGAGGAGCGAAGGAGGAUGAUGGAGCGGGGAUUUUUGCCUCAGCCCCCGCAGAAAGACUACAAUGACCUGUGCAAUCUACCAGACUUGAAUGAAAAAGCACUCCUGGACAACUUGCGCAGCAGGUUUAAACAAGAGAAAAUCUACACCUAUGUGGGAACGAUUUUAAUUGCCAUAAAUCCUUUCAAAUUUCUUCCUAUUUACAACCCCAAAUAUGUAAAAAUGUACGAUAAUCACCAUCUGGGAAAACUGGAGCCCCAUAUAUAUGCGAUUGCUGAUGUGGCAUAUCAUGCCAUGCUGCAACGCAAGAAGAACCAGUGUAUCGUUAUUUCAGGCGAGAGUGGUUCAGGAAAGACACAAAGUACAAAUUUCCUUAUCCAUCAUCUUACUGCUUUGAGCCAGAAGGGAUUUGCGAGUGGAGUGGAGCAGAUUAUUCUUGGAGCAGGCCCUGUACUGGAGGCUUUUGGGAAUGCAAAGACAGCUCACAAUAACAACUCCAGCCGUUUUGGUAAAUUCAUUCAAGUGAACUACCAGGAGACUGGCACUGUACGGGGAGCUUAUGUUGAAAAGUACCUGUUGGAGAAGUCGAGGUUGGUCUACCAGGAGCAUAAUGAACGGAACUAUCACGUAUUCUACUACUUGUUGGCAGGAGCCAAUGAAGAAGAGAAAAAGAGUUUCCACCUGCUGGAGCCUGAGGAGUACCAUUACUUGAACCAGAUGACAAAGAAACUGCUCAGACAGACUUGGGAUGAUUAUUACUAUGAUUCAGAGCCGCAGGAUAGUUUUUCUGUAGAGGGGGAGGAUCUGAAACAUGAUUUUGAGCGCUUACAACUGGCCAUGGAGAUGGUUGGAUUCCUGCCUAAGACACGGAAACGGAUAUUUUCUCUUCUGUCUGCAAUUUUACACCUUGGGAAUAUAAAAUACAAAAAGAAGACCUAUCGAGAUGAUUCUGUUGACAUCUGCAAUGCAGAGGUGUUGCCCAUUGUGUCGGAGCUUCUGGAGGUUAAAGAAGAAACACUGUUUGAAGCACUGACCACCAGGAAGACUGUGACGGUCGGCGAGAAACUUAUCCUGCCCUAUAGGCUAUCUGAGGCGAUAACUGUGCGUGACUCUAUGGCUAAGUCACUGUACAGUGCCCUAUUUGACUGGAUAGUUUUUCGAAUCAAUCACGCACUUCUCAACAACCGGGACUUGGAGGAACACAAGAAGAUUCUUUCCAUUGGUGUGCUCGAUAUCUUUGGCUUUGAGGACUAUGAGAACAACAGCUUUGAACAAUUCUGUAUCAACUUUGCUAAUGAGCGGCUUCAGCACUACUUCAAUCAACACAUCUUCAAAAUGGAGCAGGAGGAGUACAGGUCAGAAGGUAUCAGUUGGCAUAACAUUGAUUAUAUAGACAACAGCGGCUGCAUUAACCUCAUCAGCAAGAAACCCACAGGCUUACUGCACCUAUUGGAUGAGGAAUGCAAUUUUCCACAGGCAACAAAUCAGACGCUGCUGGACAAAUUCAAGCGACAGUAUGAUGGGAACAAUUAUAUAGAGUUCCCAGCAGUGAUGGAGCAAGCCUUUAUUAUAAAACACUAUGCAGGGAAAGUCAAGUACCAAAUGAAGGACUUUCGAGAAAAGAACACAGACCACAUGCGUCCCGACAUUGUUGCACUUCUGAAAAGCAGCAAGAAUGCCUUCAUCUGCAGUUUGAUUGGCAUUGAUCCAGUGGCCGUCUUCCGCUGGUCAAUAUUGAGAUCCUACUUCCGAGCAGCUGUGGCUUUCCGAGAGGCCGGAAAACGCUAUGUAGAGAAGAAACCUGGGCAUGAUGAUGCUGUUCCAUUCACGGUUUUGAAAAGUGUCGAUAGUUUUAGCUUUCUGCAUCACCCAGUCCAUCAGAGGAGUUUAGAGAUUCUCCAGAGGUGCAAGGAGGAGAAGUACAGUAUUACAAGGAAAAGCCCAAGGACGCCAUUAUCCAACUUGCAAGGAGCAAACACCAUUAAUGACAAAUCACCACGUGACCUGCAUGGGACGAGCUGGAAUGGCAGAACAGGGGUCCAGACUGCAAGGCUUCCCUCUAGCCAUUCCCUGAUUGAUGAUGAGGGAAUUUUUCUGAAUUCUGCUAGCACUAAGCUGUUGGAGAGGGCUCAUGGUAUACUGAUGAGGAACAGGAACUCCAAAACCAAACCUGUUCUACCAAAGCACUUAUUAGAUGUGAAGUCAUUGAAGUACCUGGCAAGCCUGACACUUCAUGACCGCAUUACCAAGUCUUUGCUCCAUUUGCACAAAAAGAAAAAAACACCCAGCAUUAGUGCCCAAUUCCAGGCUUCCCUCAAUAAGCUCAUGGAGACCCUGGGACAGGCAGAGCCCUACUUUGUCAAGUGCAUUCGAUCAAAUGCAGAAAAGCUUCCAUUGCGCUUCAAUGAUCACCUAGUCCUGAGACAGCUGCGGUACACAGGCAUGUUGGAAACAGUCAGGAUACGACAAUCAGGAUACAGUAUUAAGUACACCUUCCAGGAAUUUGUGGCUCAUUUCCAUGUGCUUUUGCCACAAGACACCAUCUCUUCUCAGUGCAGCAUAGGAGAAUUUCUGAGAAACAUGAACCUCAACAUGACCAGUUAUCAAGUAGGCAAAACAAUGAUAUUCAUGAAGGAGAUUGAGCGUCAAAGACUGCAGGACAUGCUGCACAAGGAGGUCCUGAGACGAAUUGUUUUGCUUCAGAGCUGGUUCCGUGCUAUGAUCGAGCGGCGGCAGUUUCUCCAGAUGAAGCAGGCAGCAGUUAUAAUACAGAAUUAUUGGCGAAAAUGCAAAAUGAAGCAGAAACCCAUUUGCACAGACCCCAGUGUCUUAAAUGAAGCAGCGACCAGUAUUCAGGCUGUGUGGAAAGGCUACAGACAGAGAAAGAUGUUCUUGCAAAUGCACGAUGCAGCAAUUGUCAUACAGAGGUGCUGGCAUGAUUACUGCAAGUAUAGACUGGCAGCGUUGUGCAUUCAGACACACUGGCGACGAUACAAGGAGAUGCGAGCAUACAAAGCAUUCAGGGACAGUAUCAUAAAGAUUCAAGCAGCAAACAGAGGUUUUGUAGUGCGGCGCAGGUUUCAGGCAUUGAGAAGACAGAAACUCAAAGAAAUGAAUAAACAGCUGGAAAGUGAAAAGACAGGGAUCUUGAACAAACAUACCCCAGAUGAAAACUUCCUUGAAAUCAUCAGGACUGAUCUGAACAAAUUUGGAGAUGAACUAAAUGAGAUGUGCACUUCAAGAGAAAAUGACAGUCAACAAACCCAUUCUGAAUGUAAUAACUCUGUAGAUUUGCAAGGUGAAACUUCUGACUUUCCCAACAGUAUGAAUGUAGUGCAGGGUGUGAUUGUCAGGGAGAGACCUAAGUCCCUUUCUGGAGAUCCCGACAAACAGAAAGUAGUGCGUGCCAAGAGACACAGUCGGAGAAUGCGAGAAUUGGAGCAGGCUAAAUUCAGCCUUGAACUGCUGAAGGUGCGAUCAGGAGGCGUGUCUCCCUCAGAGGAGGGUCGCUGGUCCACUGAGCUGGUAUCUGAUAAUGUAAACUCCCCAUCUCCUCAGGGAACCCCAGAUAGUGAGAGCUCAAGGGGUAGUUUUGAGGUACCCAGCUGUGAUGAUGGACAGAAGAGAAAACAGUCUUUAACUGUUUGUGAUGAACCAGUCUCUGAUUCUAGCCUACAUACCACUCAGGAUUAUCUUUCAACAAGUCCCAAGCCAAAUGAUCAUAAUCUGCCCACUAGCCUGAAACUUAAUGGAAAGAACCUGUCUUCCAGUCCUCCUUACACAAACACUAAUCAUCCUAGUCUUAUUUCCACAAGCCCGAGAUCAUCCAAUAAAGAGUUUUCAUUUCAUUUUCAAAGAUCAAAUUCUGAAGAUCAACCUCCCAGUCCUAGAUUGAGAGACAGUCCGUUUUCUAGUCUUAAACCAGAUUACACUCUCUCUACCUUAUUGCCAAAUCAUGACAGUCUGUCCAGUAGCACUAAGCCAAAUGACACUAUCAUUAUAAGUUCUGACCACUAUGCAGCCGAAGGCACUAUUGCUGGACCCAAAACAGAAGUGGGAGAGGGUGACAACGCUUCACUCAAUCAGCCACUCGAUGGUGAAUUCUCUAAAGAUGAACUGUCUGGCAUAGUGGACAAUGCAGCCACAGACCCCUUCCCUCAAGUUGCAAUUUUGGAAAGACUUGAACAGUUAAAUGUGCAGCAGGCAGAGAGACAAAAGCAGAAACGGCAGCAGAACGAGAAGGAGAUGAUGGAACAGAUAAGGCAGCAGACUGAAAUCUUGGAGAAACAACGCAAAGCAUUUGAAAAGCAAGAGAAGGACAUGUUUGAGAGACAGCGAGGGGAAGCACUGCAGAAAAUAGAGCAGUGCAGACAGAAUGAUUCCCCUCCACUUCCUUUCAGAUCUCCAAGGAAGCAAGCAGACCGACCUCAAUCUUGUCUUACUUUGCACCCAGAGAGAAAAUGGGAUUCAAAUAUCAAUUCAGAUUCUCUUUCAAUAUCAGCCGCUGAGCCUAAAAUGUUAAACGCUCCAGAAUGUUUUGAAAAUGACAAUACCUCAAGUCGUCCUGGAGUAAAAGAUAGACCUAUGAGCAUGUUUUUUGAAAAGAAGGAGCUGCAACCAAGUGGCCAACAGGAAAUGAAUAAGCUAGAUGGGUGGACCCCAAAACUCAGCUUGGAGCCCCGUGAACCUGUUGCUGGAGAGCGAUCCCGACAGGUUAAACUUCAGAAAGGCAUUGCAAACACAAGGGAAGAGGCUACAGAUGGCAGUGCCAAGGACAGAACCAAUGUCUUGUUCUUUUUACCCAAAGACAAGACCACACUAAGCAAGUUUGACAAGGAUUCAGUGAAUCUGGAAAAAAGUGAACUUUCCAAAGAAGAACAAGCUUUCAGGGAAAGGAUGGUGAAAACUUCACUGUUAAAAGUAACUGAUGUUGCAAGACCAGCGCACAAAAAGAAAGCCCGCAUGGCGCGGACCCGCUCAGAUUUCUUGACUAGAGGCUCUUACGCCGAAUGGGAGGGAGAGUCUGAGGAAGAUGAGUAUGAUGACCCCUCCGUUGAGCCCCCUCUCUCCCCCGACCAACCUAGGCCCGAGCUGAGACCCAAGGACAGUGCCGGACAGGCCUGUUACAGUGACUCAGAAAUGAUGCAGUCUACACGAAAUGAAGACCAAAGGAAAUUGCACAAGGCACAGUCUCAAGAUGAACUGGGCAAAUUGGACCCUGUUCAGGAGAGUAAUAUUCCAGAUGGCAGAGCUCCUUUGAAGGGUCGCAUGAGAUUCUGGGGAAAUAGAAAACAAGGAGAAAAGAAACUCUCUCGAGAGAAGCUGGCUACUCAGUCGGAGCUCCAGGAGCUCAGUAUGGAUCAGGAUAUACAGGGGCAACUGUGGAGGAGAGAGCUCAAACCCAGUGACACCUCACUCAGCCUAUCACUGACAGAAGGAAGGGACGGUGCAUUUAAAGGUCACGAUCCCAUACCUCAUAACCUGACUCCCCCUAGGAGUCCUGACUUAGGACUAGAGCGAGGGAAAGAGUUUAAGGAGAAUAAAGAGCCGUCACCAAAGGUAAAGCGAAGGAGGAGUGUGAAAAUUAGCAACGUGGGCCUGGAGCCCAUACAGUGGCAGCACGAUGCAUUACAGAUUAUUACCAGUGCCAAUGAUUUCAAGUGUAUGAACGAAUUCCUGCAGAAAAAAAUCACUGACCUGGACACUGAUGACAGCAAGAAAGAUACAUUUGUAGAUGUUGUUUUUAAGAAAUCCCUGAAGGAGUUCCGUUUAAAUAUCUUCAACUCUUACUCAGCUGCUUUAGCGAUGGACAAUGGGAAGAGCAUCCGGUACAAAGAUCUGUAUGCACUGUUUGAGCAAAUUCUGGAGAAGACAAUGAGGCAGGAGCAACGGGAUUGGAAUGAGUCGCCUGUCAAAGUGUGGGUCAACACCUUUAAGGUGUUCUUGGAUGAGUUUAUGAUAGAAUACAAAAUUCAGGAGAGCAACACUGGAAAGGUGCAAAAAAUUGAAAGAAAGAAGAGAAGGAAAAAAGAAACUGACAUUGUGGAAGAGUACAAUGGUCAUAUUUUCAAAUCAACACAGUACAGUAUUCCAACCUACUGUGAGUGCUGCUCCUCGCUUAUCUGGAUGAUGGACAGAGCCUGUGUCUGCAAGUUGUGUAGGUAUGCUUGCCACAGGAAGUGCUGCUUGAAAACUACAAUCAAAUGUUCCAAAAAGUACGACCCUGAGCUGUCGUCUCGGCAGUUUGGAGUGGAAGUCUCCCGACUUACCAACGAUGAGAGGUCAGUUCCACUUGUGGUGGAAAAACUGAUCAACUACAUCGAAAUGCAUGGCCUCUAUACUGAGGGAAUCUAUAGGAAGUCAGGAUCAACGAACAAAAUUAAGGAGCUCAAACAGGGCCUGGACACAGAUAUUAACAGCAUGAAUCUGGACGAGUAUAACAUUCACGUUAUUGCCAGUGUUUUCAAACAGUGGCUGAGGGACCUCCCUAAUCCUCUGAUGACCUUUGAACUCUAUGAUGAGGUUCUGCGAGCAAUGGGUCUACAAGACAAAAAGGAAAUAAUCCGGGGAGUGUACUCUAUAAUUGACCAAUUGUCACGGACUCAUAUCAACACACUAGAACGACUCAUCUUUCAUCUUGUAAGAAUUGCGUUACAAGAAGAUACCAACCGGAUGUCCUCAAACGCACUGGCCAUUGUCUUUGCUCCAUGUAUUAUUCGAUGUCCAGACACCACUGACCCAUUACAAAGCGUUCAAGAUAUUUCAAAAACCACUGCGUGUGUAGAAUUGAUUAUCGUGGAGCAAAUGAACAAGUACCGAGCACGGCUGAAGGACAUCAGCAGCCUGGAAUUUGCAGAGAACAAAGCCAAGAACAGACUGUCACUCAUCCGACGUUCAAUAGGAAAGGGUCGUCUUCGCCGUUCAAGUUACAGCAGCCCUGCCUCUCCAGUUGGUAUGCGACUGCCAUCAGUUGUAGAUGUUCCAGAAGAAACGACAAGUGCUGAUGAGUCACCUGACAUGGAUUUGACUGAGCAGCAGCAGGCAGCCAUGCAGCAGGAGGAGAGGGCACUAACUGAGGAAAUAGAGACCCUACAAAAAGAAAAGGAGGAAUUGACUUUUGAAAUGCUUGCUUUGGAACCACGAGCCUCGGAUGAUGAAACCCUUGAAUCAGAAGCGUCUAUUGGAACAGCGGACAGCUUUGAAAAUUUAAAUAUGGACUCCGAGGGAGCAGUAUCAGAACGUUCUGAAAGAAGCUUAGUAAUGAGCUCCAUCAGCCACCACCGACCUGAAGCAGUGAACAGGCUGAGGAAGCCACUGAGGAAAAAAACAGAUUCUAUAGAGUCGGCCGAUUCAACUGUUCACUCAUCACCUACAAUGUCACUGUCAUCAUCCUGUCUACCUCAAGGAGGAAGACGAUUCCGUUUUCGCUCAAAAUCACCUUCGCCAGCAUUUUACCACACACACAAUAUCACCAAUAGCACCGAGCAAAGAGCAGAUGGAGAUGGGGCAUAUAGCCAGUCGAAAGUUCAAGAAGAGAGGCCACAGUUUACGAGUAGAGGUACUUUCAAUCCAGAAAAGGGCAAACAAAAACUAAAGAUGCUGAAGCGCUCAGCUCAGAAGCCCAAAGACACGACUGAUGGAGCCUCAAGCACAGGGAAGAAGCGCAGUGCUGAGCCUGACUUUGGUGCUCCCCAGCAGCUGGUGGUAUUUGGGAACAAUGAGUUCAUGGUGUGAGGCCAAGGAUUUUCAAAGGUUUCUAUGCUAAUUGGGUAGAGGUCUUUCAUCCAUCCCUACACAUCUCCUUCCUUCUGGUUGCUGCUAUCUCAGUACACCACAUGCAAUACGUCCAAUCCUCAUAGAUGGCAUCACUGUCUCAAGGAAUGACAAAGGGAAGUGAUUUCUAUCUUUGAAAAAAAAACCUGCCAGAAGGUUGUACUGUGGCCUUAACCAUUUAACCAUUGAGAAAUCUCUGCACUACCUAUUGGUAUGCUGAGAAGCAUCUGGGCUGCAGAUGGAUUCAUUUAAAACAGCUGCUGGUGGCUGUUAUUGAAGGUCGACAAGGGUAUCUGUAGUCCAGAGGGUUGUGGCAAGGAGGUCGUACUUGAAGAAGCACUUGCUGUCCAGAAGUCCAUCAUCCAGAAAGAGGGGACUGAUGAAUCUGCUCAUUCCAAAAGACUGAAGGAAUAAAGUAGAUCUGAAAUAUUAUCUUACAGUCACACUCCAUUGACACUUAUAGACAAAGAUCAUCAAGAGAGCUUAUUUCAGAAAUCGCAAAAGACUAGAUGCUUACAAUCAGACUCAACAGCACUUCUCACUAACUUGGAGGCACUGCUGACAGAACAGCCAGUGGCCACUGGGAAAUGUAAGCCAAAAUGUCUGUGUACAAAAAUGCAUUAACCAUGCGUACUACAUCUGGCAUUUCUACAGGGUUUCAGGAACCACUUUACCAGUCAAGUAAUGCUGCUCCUACCUGGGCGUGUAGAAUUUAGGAAACCUGGAGAAAAGGGACCAACCUGACUGGACACUGAGCUUGCAAAUCAAAAUCUGUCCGUGCAGCAGCGGGCAUGAGCAAAAGUUACAUUACCCUCAUCAACUGUGAUGCAUGAUGAUAGCGUAGGUAAGCCAAAACCAUACUUGGUCCUUUAAAUUCAGCCCAGAAGAAAAUCUUUUAUUGAAUUGUCAGUAUUAAAAGCAAAGAGAACUUGAAGAAUUUUUAGUCUGGUUUCUAAAGCUCACUGUAAACUCAAAUGUUUUUGUUUUUAAAAUUUUAUUUUAUUUGAACUUUUUUUUUUCUAAAAAUUUUAUUUCUGUGAUGUAAGAUUGUAACUUCCUGUCCAAAGGGGGUAUAUGUGGAUUAGGUUAGGAACAAAAUUGAAUGUAACAAUCACUGGAACGGGCAUGCUGGGCUUUUCGUAACUUAUAGUAUGCUCAUGACUGUAUAUUUCAAGAAAUCUGUUUGUAAAGGAUAUAUUAUCCUGUGUCAUAUUCUAUAAUAAGUACUCAUAUAAACUGUUCAGUACACGCAGCCCAAAGUAUGAGGUUUCUGUACAGUUUCAACUCUGUAUUUUGACGUUAGCAGUUGGGGUGGCCAUCUUAUGUAUAAAGUGCAAUUUGUGUAAUAUUUCUUAAAUAUAUCUGUAUGGUUGUACAAACAAGUUUAUGAACAAAUAGCCCACAGCUUAUUAAAGAACAAGAGCUGUAAAAUUCACUUCUUGAUUUUCUUAUUGUGCACAGAAGAGGAACCUGUAAGUACUAAUGGCCAAAUCUACGGGGCCAAAAACACUGAAUGCAAUGUAGCAUUAAAAAAAGAAGCCUUUAUACCCCACACAUGGGGACAGGUAGAUAAUGCUUGACUUCAUGCCCUUUCUAUGUGGGUGUCUGUGUGUGUGUGUGUGUGUGUAUGUUAAUUUUUCCUUGUCCUAGAACUACUUUUGAACAGCCACAAGUUGAUGGAGAUGCAAGCCCAGCUAAUUUGUACUACUCCAAGCCUGAUCCUUCUGAUUCACUCAGAAACAGUAAACAAUUACAUUCUUAAUUUUGUGUAUUUCAAGCCUCCUCUCUUCCUAUUACCUCAUUGCUUCACUGCAGCUAGGAAGUUUUGCUGGUUUUGCUAUGUCAGCUGGCAUACUUUGUGAGGUGAGAACAUUUUGAAUUCCCUCUCCUCACCUGAAUGAAUUUCUCUCUACAAGAGAGUGGUUUGGCCAGAGAAAAAAUAUUUUUAAGAGUAAUAGAAAUAUUCUUCGAUACUAUAACACUGAGGCCAGGAUGGGAUCAGAACCAGAAGAGUUCAUACAGAAUAAUUUAUAGUAAAAGAGAAGAUAAAGGAUUGGAGAUCAGGACUACAUCCCUGCUUUGAUGAAUAGAAGCAUUACUGCUGCCAGGGUAGCGGAAGCUUUACUUGUUGAAUUGAACAUGAUCGCACUGCAAUUCUUGCUGGCUGUUAUCUCCUCUGCCUUCACCUCCCCACAUCCCAGCAGCCCAAAAGAAAAUCUAAUCUGGAGCUAACAGCUACCUGCUUAAUAAAUAUUUGUAUUUAUUUAUAAACUGCUGCACUAUUUGGGGUUCAUGAGUUAUAGAUGCUGUUUCAGGAAACUACUGCUUAAUCCCCUCCAUACACCCUUUCCCAGUACUAUGGAGUUCUUAGACUGGUGCAGUUUCAAGGAAUUGCUCAGAAAUGUGGCAAUUGCUCUUCUUAGAUUUUACAUGUUAAGUCACAAGCUUUUCUGUUUUCUGGCUUUCCUCCUCAAUUUUCUCUCCUGAAGGUGGCAGUACACACUGAGGUACAGGUGCACAGGCGCUGGACGCCUCCAGUACAUCACUCAAGGGGCCAUUUUUCAUGUGCAAGCCAAGACAAUGGGUGUCAGCAGACUAUUUGACAGUGGGCAGGUUUCAUUGCUGAGCCUGUCGCUGCCCUCACUCAACAUCCACACACAUGCACUUUCUUGCAAAGAUGACUGGAUAGUGAUAAGGAACCUUGCUCAUUUUUCUCCUCUCUAGUCCAAGGAUGCUGUGUACAAUUGUUGCACCCCAACUACUCUACCCAAUUGUGGAUCCGCUAACGAGUGUAAACAUGCGCUUGUGGUGUGCGCGCACACAGUCUUUUGGCUUAAUAUUUGGUUGAAAACUAAGAGCAAAAUAGCAUUUUUGGGAAGGGAUGGGUUGGACAGUGUUGGGUAAAAGUGGAGAACCAGGAGGCAGUUACAAGACUUUGAGGGUUAGUGGAGAUAAACAUUACAAACCACAGGAACACUAAAUAUCGACUUGAACCUUGAACUGCCUCCGCAAUUGUAUUUGGUGUGAUAAGGACACAAAGUAGGGGAAAUUUGUUCCCCUUCUGUAUACACUAUGCCAAAUGAUAAAAUUAAAGUGUAAUACAAGAGAUUGUAAUGUAAGUAAAUGCAUUAUGUUGACAUCAUGUGGCUGGUAUAAAGGAAUUACAGGGUUGGUUUUUGGAACACAUUGCUGGAUUACUGUGUAUCUUGUAUGCUAAAUUAAUAAUUUGCCAUGAUCUAAUAAAGUACCUUUCUGUCUU